AUGACAAUAUUUGACAUUAUUAAAUUUCUCUUUCAACAUAUAGUAGUGAAUCCCUUUGCUUCCGGUUUUUUGCUUUUAAUCAAUAAUAAGAAAACAGGAAAAUACUGUGAUGUUGGUGUAAACACUGGCAUAUUUCAUAGUGUUAGUGUACAAACCGGCGACUUUGUCGAUUCAAUGCCUCAACAUGAAAGAUUGUCAUUAUCUUGUGAAGAUACCACUAUUUUACAAAAAGAAGUUGUUCAAGAGUUCAAAACCAACUUGGAUGAUGGUGGUAUAACCAACACAAAUACUGAUGUUAAUGUAAACUCGAUCCUUGAACCUUUGAAGAAUGCUGAUGGAGUGCAAACUUUGAAUAAUCAAAAGAUCACUAAAUUCGAAAAUAAAUUUGAUUCAAGUGGACUUGAUGUAGAAAGUUUUGAUGAUUCUAAUUUUUUAAACGAUAAAGCUAAAAUAAUUAAAAAAGAUUAUUUGGAUGUUCAAUCAACUAAUGUUACUAAUGAUAAUUUGUCAGCCUGUUCCAACACUAAACUAUAUAAACACUCUAGGAAUAAUAUAUCACAUAAAGAAAUUCAAAUAAUUCAUCCAAGUGAAGUUUUGUGGAAGACAAAAAAUUAUUUAAACAACAACAAUAAUAAAAGAACAUUUAAUAGCAGACCUAGGAGAAAAGGUAAAAAAUGCUCAGAAUAUAAUGAUUUAGCGAAAUCUGCUUGGGAUAAAUUGAUCAUUGCAGAUUCCUGCAAUGACCUUAAUGCAGUUAAAAAUGCAUUUAAAUUAUACACCAAAGCAGCACCACAUGAAACGUACCAAUCCAUUGAAGUUAAAUUAAGGCAAAAAAACUGCAAUAGUAAGAUCAUAGCAAUAGAACCAAAUGAAAUACUUUUAACAAAAAAUAUAGUUGAUCUUCAAGGUAAAAAAGAAAAAAAAUACAUUGCAAUUCUAAUAAUGAUUUCACCACAUCGCUUUCCACAGUCUGCUGGUAUUGGUGCAAAAAGUGAAGACGAAAAUUUCAAUUGGUUGGCAGAUGCUGGUCGAUAUGUUGAUGAUUUUACUACACCAUAUGUUAAUGACACAUAUUUUAUAAUUUCUACAAUUAUUGAAAUUAAAAAUAUCACAUAUGGGGGCUUUUCUAAAAAUAGAAAUUGA